CAUACACAGGGGGCUCCUGCGGCCCGCAGCGAGAGUUGGUCGUCAGGCCAUGAACUUGGGAGAUGGGUUAAAGCUCGAGACUGAAUUACUGGAUGGAAAAACCAAGCUAAUAUUAUCUCCAUAUGAACAUAAAUCAAAAUUUUCUGUGAAGGUUGAAUUACUGUCAUCUCCAGUGUGUUCUUUAAACACAGCUGAACUAUAUCAUCAUCAUCAAGUUUAACACGUGUGGUCAGAGUGCUUUCCUAAUUCUAGCAAAUUCUCUCCUGCAUUUUUCUUUAAUCUUCAUUAAUGAAUAUGAAGUAAAGAUGGUUACCAGCCUAAUUUCUUAUGCUUAUUGGAAGAGAAAUAAAAGAACUAGAAAUGAUUCAGUGUUAUGGGAAAUAAGACCAAGAUUGCAAAAUGUCCUUUAAGAACAAAACAAACUGGACACAUUAUAAAAUCACAAAAUACUUGUAUUGGGAGUGGAAAACUUUUCCAAAAGAAGACAAUUGAUUCGGGAACCUCACAAGCAAGAGGUGAAAAAAAUAGAAUGAUACUUUCACCCACUAAGGAUUUAUGUAAGCAGUAUACAGACAAAGACUGUCUUUGUUCCCCAAAAGGGAUUUCAUCUACAACCCCCAAUAUACAGAAGACUAGAAACACCAUAGAUAUAUCUCUAGUAGACAAACAGAAGUCUCACAAGAAGCACAUCACAGUUGAAAACAUGAACAGUGGUUUGAUGUGUCUAACACAAGACCAACUACAGCAUAUUUUGAUGACUGUAAACCAAGGAAAUGGAUCUGUUUCCCUGACUGAGAAUGGAAAGGAGGAAGAAACAAGUCAGGAUAGUCUCCAUUUGAACAAUAUUCCCAAUCAGCCAAAGGACAAGAACAUUAUGGGAUUACUCCAAAAAUAUGAGGCUGUUUCAUCUAUUCCAGAUGAAAAUAAAUCUGUCUUAAAUAAAAAUCAGGAGGCACCUAAACAAUAUGAACAGAAAAUUGCCCUAGAGAAUGAAUGGAAACCAGGAGAUAUAUUCAGUACUCUGGGGGAAAGAGAACGUGAUAGAAGUUUGUUAGAAGCAAAAAAAGCCCAGUGGAAGAAAGAACUAGAUGAACAGGUUGCUUUAAAGAAGAAAGAAAAAGAAGCUUCUGAAAAGUGGAGUAAUUCUUGGAAAAAAUCUGAAAGUGAUAAAAUAGUGUGGGAAAAACUUCAAAUUUUAGACCAAUCUAAGGAAGCAAUGCUGCUGGAGCAUCCUUUUGGUGCUGUGAAACAAGAACAGAGAAAAUGGAUUGAAGAGUUGAAUAAACAAGAAGAUGAUCAGCAAAGGAAAACAGAGGAAAAAAUUAUAUUUUCAAAGGGUGAGGAACAUGACAGAUGGGCAAUGCAUUUUGAUUCACUAAAGAGUCAUCCUGGUUCUCGGUCUCAGCUCUCCUCUCGGUCAACACAGAAACAACCAGAGUACUUCUGUGUCUCUCCUGAUACUCAGGAGCUGGCUGAUGUCAGUAGUGUUUAUACACCUACAACUGGAAGCCAGUUGGAAACUUCAGAAGAGGAGCACAUAGCAAAACCUCUUAGGGAUGUGGCUGAGGCAAACAAUCAGAAAACGAACUUCCUUCGUUCUAUGACUGCUCUCUUGGACCCAGCACAGAUUGAGGAACGGGACAGACGGCGACAAAAACAGUUAGAACAUCAGAAAGCAAUCACUGCUCAGGUAGAAGAGAAACGCAGGAAGAAGCAGCUGGAAGAAGAGCAAAGAAAGAAGGAAGAACAAGAAGAAGAGCGUCGCUUAGCACGGGAACGAGAAGAGAUGCAGAAACAAUAUGAAGAAGACAUACUUAAGCAAAAAAAGAAAGAAGAAAUCAUGACUCUCAAGACCAAUGAGCUAUUCCAAACAAUGCAGAGAGCACAGGAGUUGGCACACAGACAAAAACAAGAACAGAGAAUCCGAGAAUUGGCUCAAAAGGGACAUGACACUUCUAGAUUGAUGAAAAAUCUUGGUGUUGAUACAAUACAAAUGGACUAUAAUGCAUCCAUUACCAUUUCAAAUUCAAGACAUGACUCUGAGGAAGCCAGUGAUAAAAUGAACCCAUGUAUCAAUUCUACGACUUCUCCUAGGAAGGAUACUGGUGUGCAGACAGAUGACUUAACUACAGGCAUAUUCGCCAAUGCAGAAUCAUACUGUGAAUAUGUAAAGGAAAGAGAAAUCACAAAUUGUUCAUCUCCUGAGAUUUCUGUAGAAUUUAAUGGACAAUUUAAGACAGACAAGCAAGAAUUAAGAAAGAAAAAUGCCAACUUAGAAAAAGAAAACAGUUUAUGUAAUGAUCAGUGUAAUGAAUUUGUAAAACCAGAGAAACAAACAAAACACAUGAAGAAGUGUCCUAGAAGGCCUGAAUGGAAUUUAAAUAAGCCUCUCAAAAGGUAUGUUCCAGCAUCAGAAAAAUAUCCCAUACAGCUUCAAAGGCAGAGAGAAGAAAAAAAGGUAAGGAGGCAGAUGGAACUACUUCAUUUGGUAGAGAGAAAUAAUCCUGAACACCUCUCUCAAAAUAGAGGCACUUCAUCAGAAGUUCAUUCAUCUCAACAAGAAACUGAAUCACAGAGCAGGUGGCAUCUAAUCAAAAAGGAAGAAGAGUCUCUGAAAAUUCAUUCAUUGAACAAGGAAAGGUUUCAGUCAUCACCAGUUCCAGCAGUGAAAAACAGAACUCAACAAACUCAGACUAAUAAUAUAUCGCACUUACCACUAAAAUACAGUAGCUGUGAAACAGAGAAUCUGAUCUCAAGAGGUGGUCAAACAGGAUUGUCAGCUGGGAUGUCUGAAUCAUCCCAUUUUAUUCCUUAUGUUCGAACAAAUGAGAUCUAUUACCUUGAUCCUGAUGCACCAUUGUCUAGGCCUUCAACCCAGGAACCUCAAUACCAAAAUUCUCAGGAUUGUGACCAAGUCUCUGACCACCACAUUAGGGAUCCACUCCUUAAUCCUAACUUGUUGAAAAAUAGGGAUCGACAGCAAGCAAUCCUUAAAGGACUUUCAGAAUUGAGACAGGGCCUUCUCCAGAAGCAAAAGGAGUUGGAAACUAAUCUCAUGCCUUUAGCUGCAAAUCAAGAAGAAAAUUUUAGUUCUUCAUUUUAAACAAAUGCUAAAAUGUGCUCACUGUAUUUUUCAAGUACCCUAUGCUUGUACAUUAUGUAGUAAAUGCUGUAUUUUUUUUUUUUUAAAUAAAAGCAGAUACUUUUGUAAAAGCUCACUGCUAUAAAACUUACCUUAGUAGUCUGGAGUUCCUGACCUGUUCUUCCAUGGCUUUUAUGUACCUGAGAGUACCAGAAGACUGAACACAUUUUUAGACUUUCACUAAAUAACCCAAAUUCAGUUUAGGCUCCUGUGGAAGUUUCUCUACAUCCUGACAUUUAUUGUAGAAACUGCUGCAAUUUUCAAAAAUGUAGAAGUUAGAAUUAGACCACAGAAAAGUUAAUCUGACUUCUAUACUUCUGGUUAAAGUUGCUUGUUGUCCUGUGUAAAUUAAACUGCACAAAAUCCUAUGUACAAAGCUUAAGUCAUUUAAUUUUACAUAUAAAACUGACUUCAAUAUGAAGCCUAAGUACAGAAAAUGUAAAACUUAAAGAGUGCCAACAUGAGAAUUCAAAUACAAUAUGUUAGAAAUAUAUAUUUAUUUCAAUUUUCAGAUGCUUCAACUGAUACAGGCCAUCAUGAUUUAAAUAAGAGGAAAAACAUUUCAGAAAGGAUAAGAAACCUUUUGCUUAGAGAAAGAAAUAUAAAUUGUUAAAUUGUUAAUUCACUUAAACAGAAAAAGUUCACAACAACCUUUUUUUUUUAAAGUUACCACAUUUCUCUUUUUCAUUUUUUCCCCCAAUUUAUUGGAGAUGGAGGUUUCUCUCUAUCCAAGCUUUGAGUAUAAGCAGAUAAAAAGUCAUUUUCAUUUUCUUGACACUGACUUGAUGAAAGGGCAUAUGGUGUCCCCAAAAAUGUCUGAUGAGUGAGAACAUUAAAAUGACUAAACUGAUGGGACAUAUUUAAUUGACUCUGGUGAACCUCAAAGUUGCUAUAUGAAUCUUGUUCUGCUGAACUGUUCUCUCCUUCAGAGCAUACUAUAUCAUCAACAGAAGCGCUCUCUUCAGAAUCAAUUUGGUAAGUCUUAUCUUCUAAUAAACUUUUUUGCACGUCAAGAGAUGACUGCAACUCAA